AUGCUAGUGGAUUAUUACAGGUGCUGGGAGGCUUUCGACUUGAUUGCCGAGGUAUGGAUAACUGAUCUUCGGGCAAGGUACGCUGGUCCGACAACUUAUGGCCGGGAACUGAUGUUAUGGAUGCUCGUUUCCUGGGUUUCCAAGCUGGAAACGGAGUUCAACCUGUCCACUUUGAUGGCUUUACGACAGAGCGAUGAGACAGUUUUACGGGACAUGGAAUUGGGCACUCCACCAGCUAUACUUCAAACAUUGGAGGCUCGUCGGUCAGAACUGAUUCAAGAAGCAAUAGGUGUCUGUCAGGGAUGGUUCGACAAGUUCUGCGGUACCUAUACGUGUAUUGAGGACAAAAACCAGUCCUUCGAAUGUGGCUCCGUGCUUCUCGGCACACUCACGAAACCAAUGAAUAGCAUGGGCAUAUUGUCCCCGAAACCAGCUGCACCUUACAGUGGCUUCGGUUUGGAGAGAUUCCAGCACCGCAUCAAGUCGAUAAACACGCCUGGUUGGCACGUCCGGCAGCUAUCAUCUCAUGUUAGAGCAGAUUACCGAACUUUCUUACUUCCACUUACAUUCGAGAUCAAUCCACUCGAUCACGACAUAUGGCACCCUCAACUCCUGACACGUGUGGCAUCGGUUGAAGAAACGAUUAUAGUCAAAAUUGGCGAAGAAGGCAAGGAGUACAUUCUAAAUACCGAAGUCCUCAAGCGUCACACCGGCUACUUUCGCGGAGCACUCUCCGGUGCAUUCAGGGAGACGGAUGAUGGUGUUAUCAAGAUUACCGAUGUCGAGAUCGAUGCAUUUGACACCUUCGCUGAUUGGUUGAACAAUGGAAACGUGGGAGCAGACGUCUACACAGACCGCGGUUGUCAUCCGAGUAUAGCGACUCAGAGUUAUGUUCUAGCAGACAGGUUGAUCGUUCCCGGGCUGAAGUCUGCACUAAUGGACGGUUAUUUUACUCGUGUCACGCCGCCAGUGCCAUGGUUUCCCACUUCCUGUCUUAUCACCUACGCUCUCUCGAAUCUGCCCGAUAAUGAUCCUUUGCUUCGGCUUUGUGUGGAUGUGUGGGCCGUCGAAGAUAUUGUCUAUACGGUGUUCAAGCAUUGGAAAGCUGAGUUCUCAGCGUUGCCGGAGGAAUUUCUCCUUAAUCACCGUUCACGGCCCGGAACAUUCACGUUAGCCCGACAUACAACCAUACCUGAACCAUCAUGUCCGACGCCGAGAUUGAACAGAAGCGCGAGGAAGAUGAGCGUCUCGAUACCGCGGAAGAUCCCAACGAAGAGGUACGAUACGAUCCACCCCGGCGCGCGCGAGAAACUGUUAGAAAGGACAACACUGCCAGGAGAGGAGAUCUCAGCAAUGAGGCGUCGCGUACAGGAGAUGGAGGAAGAAGCCCAGAAGCUGCGCCAGAUGCAAAGCGAGACCGAUCUCGAACGCCACGAGAUGCGCGAGAGCAAAGAAGACGUCGACGCGCGAAGUGUCUUUGUCGGCAACGUCGACUACGGCGCGAGCCCAGAAGAGAUCCAGGCACACUUCCAGAGCAUCGGGAGCAUCAACCGUGUUACCAUAUUGCUGGACAAGUUCACCGGUCAUCCUAAAGGGUAUGCGUAUGUGGAGUUCACAGAACCACAUCUAGUCAAUGAGGCCUUGGUCCUUGACAACAGCCAGUUCCGCAGCCGGAAUCUAAAGGUCGUCCCUAAGCGAACGAACCUUCCCGGUAUGACACGAGGCGGACGCGGCGGCCGAGGUGGCCCUCGAGGCGGAGGAUACGGCGGUCGCGGCUCACCAUAUGGACGCGGUGGAUAUGGUGGCGGCUACGGCGGCGGCGCUCCACGAGGAGGCGGCUACCGUGGUGGAUACCGCGGCGGAAGAGGCGGGUCAGCAUACCGCCCAUACUAG